ACUUGCCUAGGCUUGUAUUUUCAUUUUAUAAUCUUCCUGCUGAGAUUUAUCAAAUUUCAAUGUGUGUGUAAUUUAUUGUGGUGAAAAUUGAUAAAUAUCUAAUUAUAAACAGAGUAUUAAGUCUAUUCAGUUGGUAUAUAGACUCCCAAAAUGACGAUACAAAACGGAGCUCCUGCCGAAAAACGACAGGACAGACCAUCAAAACCUCCAGAAAAAAAGCAAGAACUAAUAGUCCGUGUAAAGUACAGCAACACCUUACCAGACUUACCAUUUGAUCUAAAAUUCAUUUCCUACCCCUUUGAGCCGUCAAGAUUUAUCCAAUACAAUCCAACCUCUUUGGAAAGAAACUAUAGAUACGAUGUCCUUACAGAGCAUGAUUUGGGCGUAAAUAUAGACCUAAUAAACAAGGACACUUAUCCUACUGAACCGGGUGUUGUUUUGGACCCAGCUGAUGAGAAACUUCUCGAGGAAGAUAUUCUUGCGCCACAAGAUUCAAAAAGAUCCCGGCACCAUGCUAAAGCAGUCUCCUGGCUUAGAAGAACUGAGUACAUCUCCACUGAACAAACCAGAUUUCAGCCACAAACAAUGGACAAAGUGGAAGCCAAAGUUGGUUUUAGCAUUAAAAAAUCUCUCAACAAUGAAACACAUUAUAUGGAUAGAAAUGCGCAAAUUGAGGCUAUUGAAAAAACCUAUGCAGACUCCAAAAUACCUAUUGAAAAGCACUAUAGUAAACCCAACGUUGUACCAGUUGAAGUGUUUCCAGUUUAUCCUGAUUUCAAUUUGUGGAAAUAUCCUUGCGCUCAAGUUAUAUUUGAUUCAGAUCCUGCUCCGGUUGGUAAAGGUGUUCCAGCUCAGAUUGAAGAAAUGUCUCAAGCAAUGAUUCGUGGUGUGAUGGACGAAAGUGGUGAGCAAUUUGUUGCCUACUUCCUUCCCAUUGAAGAAACAUUGAAAAAACGUAGAGAAGAUUUUGCUAAUGGUGUCGCUUACCAAGAAGACGAGGAGUACGAGUACAAAAUGGCACGUGAAUAUAACUGGAAUGUCAAGAGCAAGGCAAGCAAAGGCUACGAAGAAAAUUACUUCUUUGUUAUUCGCCCUGAUGGUGUUUAUUAUAAUGAACUGGAAACAAGGGUAAGAUUGAGCAAAAGGCGUCAAAAAGUAGGUCAAGCCCCUAGCAACACUAGAUUGGUUGUUAAACAUAGAGUUAUGAAUGCUGGCGAAUUUAAAAUACAAAGAUACAGGGAAAAACAAUUGGAACCUCCACGUGAAGAUGAUGAAGAAGAAUUUGAAAUGGAUGAAACUCAGGAAGAUGAAGUGGCAGCCAAUGAUAGCCAAGGAGAAUCUGACCAAGAAAAAGACAAUGUUGACAUUGAAGAUAAACCUCAAGACAGUGACAAUGAAAGCAAAGGCGGCAGAACAUCUAGACAAUCGCGUGCCUCUUCACGCACUUCCAGAAAAUCCAAAUCCGCUUCCAGAUCUAAAUCGGGCUCAAGGUCCUCAUCCAAAUCAAGAUCACGCUCAGUUUCAAGAUCAAAAUCCAAGUCUCCUUCAAGAUCCAGAUCAGCUUCUGCAUCAAAAAGCAGAUCCCCGAGCAAGUCACCUUCCAGAUCUCGAUCAGCUUCGAAAUCACCAUCUAGAUCAAGGUCGCGGUCCAAGUCCGCAUCUAGAUCAAGGUCGCGGUCUAAGUCCGCUUCUAGAUCUAGAUCCAGGUCAAAGUCUGGUAGAUCUAGGUCCAGGUCAAAGUCAGGUAGAUCUAGGUCCAGGUCAAAGUCGGGUAGUUCUAGGUCUGGUUCCGGUUCAGGAUCAGGAAGUGCUUCAGAAAGUGAGUAAAAUGUUUGGAUGGAGUAAUGAUUAUUUUUAUAGUAAGUAUUUAAGCAGUUUCAUAAUAAUAUGAAUGAUUAUUUCUAGUAUUUAAUGUAUAGAUUUAGUUGAUGUAAAAUGUAUUUUUUGUUUUUUUUGGGAAUUAAAAUAUCACAUACCUGAAUAGUCUGUUUAUAACUUUUUCCCUAAAAUUAAUUGUUCCAAAUUUUUCCAAGUCGGCCAAAAUAGCAUUGGCAUUCAGGAGGCCACUUAUAAGCAAAAAACAAUCUGUAUAAAUAAUGGCGUUUCUUCCAAGAAUGGACCAUUUCAUU